UCUCAUGAAAUUUCAACAAAAUGUUUCAACUGUUAAUCAACAAAGGGCCCAGAGAUAUGCUUUAAAAGAUUAAAGAAAAGUCAAACAGUUUGGAAUGAAAAGGUCAAGGAAAAACAAAGUAACUAGGCCCAAUACCCUACUAAUAGAUAGGAGUACAUAUAAAAAUGAAAUGCAGAAGUUCAGAACACUGGUGAAAAGCAAAUCUAUCUGUUUCCAAGUCCAGUUUAAGUUUAUGACAAGUCAAGGGCACUAGAGUACAUGUUUGUAAUUAAAAGACUGCAAGGUGUACAGUGCUGUGAAAAGUAUUUGCCCCCUUAAAGAUGUCUUCUUUUAUCUCUUGUUUUGUCACACAUUAAUGUCUCAGAUAUAAUGUCUGACUCAGAUGAUCCAAGUUAAAAAGGAAGUUUCAAAUGAUAAUUUCAUAUGUAAAGAGGAAAAAUCUUUCCAAAUCAUUAUGCAAAAAUAUGAUUGUCCUUGUUAUUUCAAUGUCAAUUUAUUAUUCAAUUUUCCCAGUCACACCCAGUCCUGAUUAUUGCUAGAUCUAUAUAUUCAAAAAAAUCUCUUAAAUUGAACCUGUCUUUUAACAAAACCAAAAGUCAUAUCUGUCUUGAAAGGGUGACAAGCAUUUCUAAAGCUUUGGGACUUCAUCAAACCACAGAGAGAGGCAAUUAUUCACAUAUGGAGAAAACAUGGAAUAGUGGUAAACCUUCCCAGGAGUGCCCAACUGACCGAAAUUACUCCAAGCUGCAUCAACAGCUAAUCCAAGAGGUCACGAAGGAACUUCUGGACAACAUCUAAAGCACUGUGGACUUCAGUUGCCUCAUUUAACAUCAGUGUUUAUGACUUAACAAUAAGAAAGAGACAGGGCUAGAAUGGCAACCAUUCACUGCAGACCAAAAAAACACAAAUGCACAUGCAACAAGACAUCUGUGGACUGACCAGACAAUGGUGUAAAGUUUUGGAAGGUGAGAGUCAAUUAUAUCUGGCAUAGAAAUAACACAACAUUGCAGAAGGCAAAAAUUCCUCCACAGAGAUUUGGACUCAUUAUCAGCUGUGGUCAUCAUAAUGGCACAAAUAGGUAUUAUUUUUAGUGGGCUAAUUCUUUUUAACAUAGGGCCAAUUUGAUUUGAAUGGCUUUGUUUCCUCCUCAAUAAUAAAAGAAAAGAAAUCGUGUUUAAAAUGACAUGUUAUAAAAUGCACUCCGUUUAUCUUUGUCUUAUUUUCAUUUUUGAAACAAGUUGAAAUAUUUAAGUGACAAGAUUUUUAGAUCUUGUGACCACUAUGGCUUCAAGUAUAGCCACAUCCACAACCUCCAUGUUCCCCACUUAAAAAUAUUCCGUAACAAAUACAUUUUUUGGGCUUUAUGUCUCUUCGCUCCAGUCCCUUCAUUUGUCCUCACAUCCUUCAGUCUGCAUGCAGUUUAUUUGACCAAGUUUGAACCCCCACCCCAAGCUACCCAUGACUCUGUUUCUCAAAUUAUCAUCUUACCCCUCUCAGCUUUACAUUCUUUUUGGCAUUUAUUUUGAAGCAAAGAAAAAUAAACUAAAAGUUUAUUGCGAUCAAGAGCGAGUGUGACAUGAUGGGGGGAAAAAGAAUGUAUGUAUGAGAGAAAGCUUCAGAGAGGGGAACAAAAACAAGGAAAACAGGAAUGUCAAAGGAGGGGGUAACCAUGGGAUGAGAACGAUUGAGUGCAGAGGUGAAUGAAUGCAGACUGGUGGGAUAAAGGGCAAAGCAGUCAAUUAAACCUUGAGAAACUUUAAAAAGUAAAUAAAGUUAAGACUUGCGUCAGAAAAAAAAAUGAAGGUUUUGAAAGAUGGAAAAGCAGAGAAGCUGAGGAGAUGUUAAACAAUCUGAGACAGUUUUAUGAAGUUUUGGUUCCAUUAAAAACUUCAUAAAGCCUGUCAGGAAAAUCUAUUUGUGGAGCAUAAUGUGAAAAUGUUUCUUAUGCUCCAACAACAAAGACAAAAAAAGUAUCUGUGGUCAGUCUUCAUUGUUUAUAAAGGUCCAAGCGUUUUGUGAUUCUCAGCUGUAUAAAAUGGAAAUCACAAAAAAGCACCCAAAGGACUCGGCAAACACAACUAGUUUUCAUUUGGGUAAUUUAAUAAUGUGAUCUAACAUGAUACUUGUGUCAUGAUAAGACUGAGCCUUCAGAGGCUUCUGAGCAUGCCCAAGUUUAUCUUCUGCUUGUCAUGUUCUGCCGGAAAUAGUUUUGAUAAGCAAUAAACACAUUAACACUUUGCUUGUUUUCUCAGGAAUGGAAAGGAUCAGUGUGGAAACAGAGUGGAAUGGGUUAGGUCUCUCCUCUCCGGACGCUGCAGGAAGAAACAACUACUCCUUGUUUGUUACUGAAUUGAACUCGUUCAACAUUUCUCGCAGUGGAGGGUCCCUCUUUGGGAUCUUCCCAGAGAACGGCUCCAACACCACACCUGACACCCUGCCUCAUCCCAAGACCAGGGACCAAGGCCUGGCCCGGGCUGAGAUCGCCGUUCUGGGGGUGGUGCUGGCUCUCACCACGCUGGGCAACGGCUUCGUAUUGUGGGUGCUUUUGAGGAGGAGGAAGCACAAUGCACCGAUGCACCUGUUCAUGGUCAACCUGUGUGUGGCUGACCUGGUGGUGGCGCUCUUUCAGGUUCUGCCCCAGCUGAUAUGGGACAUAACAGAGAGGUUUCAGGGGCCCGACUUGCUCUGCCGAUCUGUCAAGUACUUGCAGAUUGUGGGGAUGUUUGCUUCCUCCUACAUGAUAGUUGCCAUGACAGUCGACCGGCACCAUGCCAUCUGCUGCCCACUGCAGGCCUACCGCGUUGGGUCUAUGUCCCACUGGAACACCCCUGUGAUGGUGGCGUGGGGCCUGGCUCUGGUUCUCAGCAUACCACAGGUGUUCAUCUUCUCCCGCUCGGAAGUAGCUCCGGGAGAGUUCGAGUGCUGGGGUCACUUCACUGAGCCAUGGGGGCUGAAGGCCUACGUCACCUGGAUGACCGUGGCCGUGUUCCUGAUGCCAGCCCUCAUCAUUACCAUCUGUCAGAUAAGAAUCUUCCGCGAGAUUCACAACAACAUCUACUUAAAGUCAGAGAGGAUAAUGAUGGCUGAGCUCAAGAGGAGUGAAAUCCUGUUUCGCUUUCACGACCUCAGGAAGGAGGAUGAGCGGGUGAGGGACAGGGGGAGACAGGCACAUGGGAGAGGAGGAGGACAGCUACUAAAGGACAAAACUGUCCAUGACUGCGAAGUGGGAGAACAUUAUGACUACAUGCCGUCUGUUAUUCAGUAUAGUAGCUGCUGCAAUGAACAUCAGACAGCAGCAACAUCACUGUCGCAGGAGCAAAUACUGAAUGGCUCAGAUUUCCGGGAGCCCUGUGUCAACUCUCCCCGCUGCUCAAUGGACUAUGCCCCGCCCCCACAUCAGGUUACUCCACCUCCCAGUAUCACUAAAGCCAUGUCCAAGACAGUGAGGAUGACCCUGGUCAUAGUGCUGGUCUACACCAUCUGUUGGUCGCCGUUCUUCAUUGUCCAGCUGUGGGCGGCCUGGGAUCCGGACCCUCCAGACCAAGGAGUGGCCUUCACCAUCCUGAUGCUGCUGGCAAGCCUGAACUCGUGCACCAACCCGUGGAUCUACACAGCUUUUUCCAGCAGCGUGUCCAGAGAGCUUCAAAACCUGCUGCAGUGUCGGUCACGACUCGGCCGACGGGGCUCACUCCCUGACGACUCUACGGCCACACACACCUCCACCACUAAGGACAACCUGUACUGACAGACACCGCUUAGAUGGAAAUGUACACACUUAGGCAUGCUUGAAAAUAUACAACACCAUGCUGCAAGGACCAAUGCUUCCGCUGCUGGGAUCACCAUCUGCAGCAUCUCAGCUUGAGAACAGCCUGACCUCUACCAGAUGUUUGCUUUGACAAAGGACAGCUGUACCCUCAGCAGGACAUCCAUCUGUACUCACCUGUCUUCUCUGCCCCCUCCCUACUCACCGGAAAGAUGUAAUUGACGAUGUCAACACCACGCGCAGUACAGUUUCUCAGUGCAUCUGCAAUGCAAAAUGACCUGGAAAGUACAGAGAUGUUCACUUCAGCAGCUAUUGGCUUGGAUAGCUUGGAGUGAUUCAGGUGAAGAAAAUAAAAAGAAAACACUGGCUGAAUCCAACACAGCAGAGAACACCAGGAAUGCAAAGGAUGGAUUCCUGCACUGAUAUCCUCGUGGCAUGCCUAAUGCACAAAGAAGCAGACAGAGCUGUGAAUCCAGAGGAACCCAAACCACAAUAUGACAGAUUGCCACGGCUAUGAGUGGGGUCCUAAACCAAGGUGAACAAAUGUUUUUUUAUGUAAAUGAAAAAUCAAACUUACACUCAGUUCACUCUGAAGGAUUUCUUCAGAAGGUGAACACAUAUUCACUCCUGAGGCUGGAGCAUUGGAGUAAAAACAGAGCCCUGUAAGAAGCUGCAGAGUAACACACAUAAAAACUAUCAACCACGAGGGGGAAAGAGAAAAGCAGAAAUGGACAAACAGAUUUUCCAAGAGCGACUGGGACGCAAUGAUGUGGCUGUAUUUUGAGCAAACAGACAAGACUUUCCAAUGCAGACUUGGGAAGAAUGAAACACAAACACUAUAUUAAAGAAGUUACAUUCCACGUGCAGUACAGCCAAUGUAAAGUCUAUUUAUUGAACACGUAUGGCACAACAAAAACUACCUUUUAUUUAAAAGCUGAAUGUAAAUCAUUGCCUGUAAUGGUGUUUUGGGGGAAACGGAUAGAUGUCAAACCAAAGUUUUAUCUAAGCAGGUCUUAACAGUAACACGCUUCAACAGACUUGAAACUAAACCGUUCUGCUAUGGAGGGAAGAAAGUCCACAUAAAGAGUGAAAUGAAUCCAAGUCCAAAUCAAGUGCCUGGAAUGAGUUGUAGAUGUUUUCAGAGGGGCCUCCGUGAACGUUUUAAUCUUCAAAUGAUGUCAGCUGUGUUAUUCUUAGACAGAGCUACCAUCAGAGCAGGGAUCAUAAGACUUGUUAUAUCACACCAUGAGCCAUUUAUAUAUUUUACUUUUUUAUUUGUUUUCCAGAAGAAUAUUGUCACUUUCCUAAAAUAAUGGCCUAAGUUAUUUUUUCAAGUUUUUUAGGAAACAAAAAAAACUUUUUCACCCAAAAAGAUAGUAACAACAAAUGAGUGUUGACACAACCAUUUCUUAUGGUCCUUUUUAUUAAGCUACAUAUCUUUCUCAAUUAGAUCACAUAAUGUGGAAAAUUAAAAGAAAAACAGUUGAUGAGGUACUCUUUAAAAAGAAAGAAAAGAGUUGACAAAAAACGGUGACUUGUUACAGCCACAAGUUCUGGAGCUCUUGUUUGUUGCUAAAUGCUAGCUUCAUAGCUACUUUGUGGACAAAAAUGCUGAAUGAAAGACAGAAUUAAAAUACUAGAUAUCUAUGCAACAUUUAAUGCCUUUAUCACUUACCAAUAGGGGAUGAGCCCUGAAUUAUGGAAAUGGCUUCAGUGUCUGAGUAAAUUUGAUUUUUUCCUGACGCGGUUGCCAUUUUAAAUGCCUGUAAAACCAUCACACUCUUGACAUCAGGCAUGAAGUUGCAUGACCUCCUCAAAUGAGGAUUUAGACAAUUUUACAAGAGGUGGCCAGCAUCAUGAGGAGAUGAUUUAGGUAAAAAAAAAAAAAAAUUUGACCAAGAAUGACUUAGGCCAUUAUUGCAGGAAGGUCACUACACAUAUAUAUAUAUAUAUAUAUAUAUAUACAUGUAUACAGUACAGACCAAAGGUUUGGACACACCUUCUCAC